AUGCUGGUGAAUGUGGCAUCAGCUGUUCUGUACAGCCCCUGUAAACCCUCCUUCCCAUGUAACAAGCUGGUGAACGUGGUAUCAGCUGUUCUGUGCAGCUGCUGUAAACCCUCCCCAUCUGUUCUGUACAGCCCCUGUAAACCUUCCCCAUGUAACAUGCUGGUGAACGUGGCAUCAGCUGUUCUGUACAGCCCCUGUAAACCCUCCCCAUGUAACACGCUGGUGAACGUGGCAUCAGCUGUUCCGUACAGCCCCUGUAAACCCUCCCCAUGUAACAUGCUGGUGAACGUGGCAUCAGCUGUUCUGUGCAGCCCCUGUAAACCCUCCCCAUGUAACACGCUGGUGAACGUGGUAUCAGCUGUUCCGUACAGCCCCUGUAAACCCUCCCCAUGUAACAUGCUGGUGAACGUGGUAUCAGCUGUUCUGUACAGCCCCUGUAAACCCUCCCCAUGUAACACGCUGGUGAACGUGGCAUCAGCUGUUCUGUACAGCCCCUGUAAACCCUCCCCAUGUAACACGCUGGUGAACGUGGUAUCAGCUGUUCCGUACAGCCCCUGUAAACCCUCCCCAUGUAACAUGCUGGUGAACGUGGUAUCAGCUGUUCUGUGCAGCCCCUGUAAACCCUCCCCAUGUAACAUGCUGGUGAACGUGGUAUCAGCUGUUCUGUGCAGCCCCUGUAAACCCUCCCCAUGUAACAUGCUGGUGAACGUGCUCCAGCAAGUCGCGCACUUCGGUUCGCGGUUCGACGUGCAAAGUGGACUGUGA